AUGUCCGCCCAAUUAUCAGAACGCUCCUUUUCUCAACUUUUCCGUCAAUCCCGCCUUGCAACUUAUGAUCCGACUCUACCACAAGUUUAUACGACUUAUGGCUCUUUCAAAAAACAAGGCGACUGGGGCUUGAAACGUAACCUUCCGAAAAUCCUCCGUACUAAUGUGAUCACUGUACAAGCUCUCGACACUUCUGAGCAUCAAACGCCAUUCCGCUCUGCCCAAAGACUCGUGCGAUUUACUAGAAAAUGGAAAGAGAAUUUUCCGUGGUCAAAUUUCCCCUCUCCCCCGAAAGAUAAAGCCUUGAGGAACAUAAGUUUGAUGUCAGCGAAACAAUUUGAAAAGUUCUUGAAAGAAGCAGAAAAAAGAAAACAUGAAUGGAGGCAAGAGAAGAAAGACACGUAUUCCCCUGAAGAUUGGCUCCAGUUUAUGAACGCCAUAAACGAGAAAUCUCCUCCCUCGGUCGUUGGCUUAACUUACUCCCACAAUAACCCGGGAACAAACGUUCUCGUCCAGGGUCGGCUAUUAAACAAGGAACUUUUCGGAUAUGCAGUGGGUAUAUCUGGCAUUGUUGCACAUUUGCCUUCCCAAAAAUGCCUUCGCGUUGGUAUAAUUGAACGGGAUAAAGUGGAUAAGUUUUACGUUGAGCAAGCUGGAUUUAAUGAAAAUGGAAGGAUAGUAGUGAGACUUUCUCAAUUGCCAACCAUGGUUCGACAGAAUACCUUAGGAUAUCUGGGUAGUACGCGAUUUACUAAAGGUUUCCUUGAUGAAGAUGCAAAACCAAAAGAGGAUCCUGAUGUUCAAACGCAACUACUGAAGAAGAUUAAACAACUGUCUCAUGGUGAAUAUAUCGGCAUUGGUCCAAUGAGAAUUUCUAAGCCUCCGAACACUAUGAAGGAACCCGAAAGCGAUCAAUCGAGCAAUACAGCGUUAUUUGGUCCUGAUGGGCUGUUUCCUGAAAUAUCAGAAAGUAAUACUGAGGAAGAUAAAGCAAAAUCGAAAAACGAUAAGAUAGAAGUAGAUGAUUAUCUUAAUCUGAUGGAGCAAUUGGGAGUCAAUGAUAAAAACAAGAAGCGAGGUGAUGGAAAUAAAGACGACUCGUGA